UGUGUAUGGUAAUAAGCGGCUGCGGCGCUGUGCCCCACUCCGCCUCCCCGGGGCUGCGCCGCUGCUGCCAUCGACGCUAUGCGCCCAGCUCCGCCGCUGCCCCAGCUGCCCCGCCGCCGGGCUCCUAUAUAAGUGUUGGAGCGGGACCCAGGGGGCUCCUGAAGAUGAGGGCUCCGCCGCCUCCGUCCUCUCUGCAGAGCUCAGCGCUUCUGGCCGGCCGCCUGCCAGGGGAGAGCACAGCCCAGCGCCCCGCAGCAGCGGCAGGGGGCCGCGCAGGGCAGCGGCGCAGGGAGUAACUGCAUAGCGCUGGCGGCUCCCCUGCCCCCGCGGCCGCUGCCAUGAGUUGCUCGGACGUGGUGAUGCACCAUUCCCAGGCGGCGUGUGGGGCGCCCCAGUAUCUGCCAAGCCCGGUGGCGGCAGCCGCGUAUUGCCCCCUUCUUGCGCCCAGCCAGCAGAAGAAGUUAGCUGUUUACAACAAGAUGCAAGAGUCCCUGGAGGUGACCCUUCCCAGCAAACAAGAAGAGGAUGAAAAAGACCAGCCCACUGAGAUGGAAUACCUUAACUCUCGCUGUGUCCUUUUCACUUACUUCCAGGGAGACAUUGGGUCAGUAGUGGAUGAACACUUCUCAAGAGCUUUGAGCCAAGCCAGCAGCUUCAACCCAGAAACUGCCCUUUCAAAAAGCAAGCCAGGGCUAAGCCCUCUGUGGAGAGAGAGCUCAACAAUUUCAAGCCAACGGAGCAGUUUCCCAGCUUCAUUUUGGACCAGCUCUUAUCAACCUCCACCUCCGCCAUGCUUGAGUGGAGUCCAUCCUGACUUCCCAGUCACUGCACCAGGCACCUUCCCAACAGCAGAUCCUAGCAGCUGGCCAGGACACAGCCUUCAUCAGACUGCCCCACCUCCUCCCUCUACUGCAUCAGAAUCCUGGCAUUAUCCUUUAGCAUCUCAGGUUAGCCCUUCAUAUGCGCACAUGCAUGAUGUGUACAUGCAUCACCAUCACCCCCAUCCACACAUGCAUCAUCACCAUCCGAGCUCUCACCUUGACCCACGGUAUGGAUCCCUAUUGAUGCCUUCAGUACGUGCAGCCAGGAUUCCUGCUCCACAGUGUGACAUGACAAAGACAGAUCCUACUACUGUCACCAGUGCUACCUCAGCAUGGGCUGGAGCCUUUCACGGAACAGUGGACAUCGUGCCAAGCUUCGGGUUUGACACAGGUCUACAGCAUCAGGACAAGAGCAAGGAAUCUUCUUGGUUCUGAAGAUCAGAUGCAUCUUAGCACCAGCUAGUGUCCCCACAGCUGGGAUGAUGAUAUUGAAACUGUUGACUGUUUCUGCAUGGGGGCAGAGGACACACCGCUAAGGAGAAGAUGAAGAGCCAGUCAUUCUGGUUUUGCUAUUGAGCCUUUUCUUUGGCAGGCCACUUCUGGGUCCCAGAACAUAGAAGAAAAAAAACUUGUUUUUCUUUCUUUCCUCAUCUGAGCCUGCUGCAUCUGUGCAACCUAACUCCGUUUUGCUCCUUUAACAGUGUUUUGUUUUGUUCAUUCUGGUGGGUUUUUUUGUGCACAGCCUUGAUUGUAGGGAAAAGACUGUGCCUUGACUACAGUGCUCAUCCUUGCAGGAAUAGAGUUUUUGUAGCUCUUUGUGUGUCUAUUUUUGUAGAAAUACAGAAAGUUUGGGUAAGAAUUGGUGGACUAUUUUAGGAUGCCAUAUUUUUUUAAAAAAAAAUUGUUAAAUUGUUAAGUUCUGUUUAAAGAACUUGCUCUCAGAGAAGCACUGGCAAAAAAUGUAUAAAAUGCUUAUUUUUAGAUGUUUGUGUUUGUGUGUUUGUUUUGUUACCUCAAUUGUCUUUUUUUAAAGAGCAAACCCUUUGCUAGUCCAAUCCUUCAUUGUUUCCGUUUUGCAAGAUUUUGCAUUUUUUGUCCUUUAUUCUAGCUUAAACAGCUAUAGUUUACUUUUAACAUUUCUACUAAAUAUUUUUCCUGCCUAAUUGUAGAAAUGGUGCCUAUAUUUUCUUUUUCUUGCUUCUGAAAAUGGCUUUGUGCUGUGCUGACUAUGAGAAGAAAUGUGUGAAACCUUUAGCAUGGGGCAAAGUCUGCCUUUAUUAUAGGAUCUAUAUUCUCAACCCAUUCAUUCUUUCAAAAUGGACCAAAUAUUUAUAUGGACUUAAAGGAGAAAAUGAGCCUGGGCCUGACCCACUGUCCAUCGAAGUGAAUGGAAAGCCUCUCAUUGACAUCCAUGGACUCUGGAUCAGGCCCUCUUUCUGUGAUAACCAUCCACAAAUUGGUAUUUUCAUUUCUAAUAAUUUUGGGAGGCAGGAGUUUUAGUUUAGGCCAUUUGAAGAGUGAUUUUUUUUUUUCACGUGAACAUUCAAGGAUAAAAUACAGGUUUUGCAAAAAGCUACAACUCGUGGAAACAAGGUGUUUUCAUAAGGCCAGAUCUUGCAAUUUGCUGAAUAGCUUGUAUGAGUUGCUUGAGUGCCUUCAGCUCCUAUUGAAUUCAACUUAGGCUGAAGUUUUCAAAAGUUGGCCUCCGAUCUCUGGUCCCUCAUUGUUUGGUUGCCCAAUCUGAGACAUGUUAGGGACUGAAUCUGAUCGCCUGCAGCUCCUAUGGACUUCAUGGGCAGUUGUGAAUUUUUAGCCUUGGGCUAUCCAUUUAAGAAUCCACUCUGAGAUAACUUUUUGAUAAUUUUAACCACAGAAGUUUGCAAGAGGAUUGCUGGAUUGGACCUGAUCCAGAAGCCCUC